CGAUAUACAUUUAGGUUUCAAUGAUAUGCUGAUGAUGAUUUUAAGUGGCUGAUGCCAAUGAUCGUCGAAAACUUAGAAAGAAUCAUGCGCCGAUGACCAGCCACCAACACGUUUGGUGGUAGGACCAUUAUCCAAUACCCGCCAUUUCCAAGAUAUUUACCUUGUGAUGUACAAGAUCAUUCGUGGGGUGAUGGUAUUUUGAUGUGAUAUAAGUAUCGAGGGGAUUCCUCCUUCUCAAAAUAUCAUACAAGCCUCUAUCAAUUUGUCAUUCACCAUCAAGGCAGUGUUUACUUCAAAGAACCGUUCGAUUCGAAGAUACUAGAAUCAGCCAUACGACAUCCACCAACUAUAUAAGGUUUACACAUAUCCUCAUUGCAACUUCUCCUCCACACCACCCAUACCUAACUCAAAGACAUCAAAAUGUUAUUCUCUACAACCAACAUCCUGAGCACCGUCGCUCUCCUCACCUCCUUCACAUCCGCCGCUCCUACCAUUAAAAGACAAACAUACACACAUCCACCUCAAUCCACAUCCAAAAACUUCAAACUUGUUGCGAAUGUUACCUCAGGUGAUUUAGCCAUCAACAACUUCGUUCUCGAAUCGUAUCACACAGGUGCUGGGACAGCAUAUGCCGUGCUCGCCGAAAACACUACCGAAGCUAAUCCUCGCAUCUUCUACAUAAACGGCACCGCCACCGAAGUUCGUUUUGGUAACUCUUCUACCCUCUCCGAUUCAGGUAGUGAAGGUAGCUCAUUCCCUGAAGCCGUCGUCAUUACUCCUUCCGACCCCGCUACUUCAUCUUCCGGUCGUUCAGCUGUGGAAAUUAAUGCAGGAGCCGGUCAACCUUAUGUUGGACUUACUACAUUCCCUGCUCCCAUCAUCCAAUUCCAUGGAUAUCAAGGCGAAACCUUCUACGCUUGUAAUACUACUUUGCAGUAUGGAAAUGCAAUUCAACUUUUCUACAGAGGAUACAGUCAAAAGACACCAGCUGGAUGUUCGGAUGUUGCUUUAUUGCCUCAAUGUAGUGAAGGUAGUGGAGUAGAUGAUAAAUUCGCAGCGAUUGUGAAUUGUUAUCCAGAUGUAGCUGGUAUUGAUUGGAGCACCUACAGCGCAUGAACAUUCAAUUGAUUGAGAGGACAGAACAGGGUCACAUUAUGAUUUAUGAGCGGCAUGACAAUGGGCAUUCAAUGGCGUUUUAGGAAAAAGGCUUCAGGGUUUUAUUUUAUGAUACCAUACCGUUAUCGGGUACAAACGAUGGAUAGAAUACUUAAUGAUUGAGAUGAGAUAUUGUAGUAAUGAAUAAGAAGAAUAAUGAAACUAUUAAUGUUAUACUAAAAGUGAUGUCAUUGUGAGUGGCCCCAUUAUACACUUUAUGUUCGAAGGUGUUUGAGUUAUA